GUCUGCGUGGGAUAAGUUACGCACGGAGAAAAAUACGGGGAAUUUCACUGAGGGAUUUAAUAAAAGACUAGCUGUUUGGAAAGCUCUCCGACUAUGAGAACCUUGACCAUUUGCUGAAAGAACACCCAAGAUGCAGCCAGAAUGCCCCUCUGCUCCCCCUCCACCACCUCCACCACCCCCACCACCUCCUCCUCCCCCUCCUGCCCUCGGUCUCCCCUCUCACCUCAGCUUCACCCAGCACCGCUCCACCAUGAGAAACUUUAACUGGGAGACGUUGCCUAAGCACUCGGUCCUGGGUCGGCACAACAUCUGGACAGAGGACCGUCCGGAUGGGGAGUAUGAACUGGACACGGAGCACAUGGAGGAGCUGUUCAGUAAGAAGCAGGUACACGACAACAAGCUCAGCCGACAGAGCCUCAGGGGGCUGCAGAACCCUGGAGCACAGGUGACGUCCAUCCUGAGCUCCAAGAGAAGCAUGAACGUUGGAAUCUUCCUGAAACAGUUCAGAAGGCCCAUUCGAGAAUUGAUCAACGAUAUAAAAGUUGGGAAUUACCUGAGCUUUGGGACAGGGAAACUGAGAGAGCUGUGCAAGAUGCUGCAAGAUGAAGAUGAGUUAAAACAGCUAAGGAAUUUUAAAGGAGACCACUUCUCUCUUCCGGAAGCAGAUUUGUUUAUGCUAAUGCUGGUCAAGAUCCCGAGUUAUGAGGACCGUCUGAACAGCCUGGUUCUCAAAGAGGAGUUCUUCCCUCUCAUGGAUGAACUGAAAGGUUUUAUCGGCACUUUGAUAAGUGCAGGGAAAGAGCUAUUAGAGUCUGACCAACUCCACUCUGUUAUUCGACUGGUACUGAAGACAGGGAAUUACAUGAAUGCAGGAGGCUACGCUGGAAGUGCGAUUGGCUUUCGAAUGACAUCUCUGCUGAAGCUUGUAGACACCAAAGCCAACAAACCAGGGAUGAAUCUCAUGCAUUAUGUUGUUAUGCAAGCACAAAAGGUUGAUGAAGCGCUCCUUACAUUCCCAGAGCAACUCCAACACAUCGAGGCAGCAGCAAGAAUAAACAAAGCCGACAUUGAAGCGGAGUUUGCCCAACAGUUGAAAAAAGUGCAAGAGGCCAAAGGGGACUCGUUGAAGCAGGAGGAUCUAAAGGAACAGAUGGAGGAUUUUCUAGAGGAGGCGGAGGUGAGCCUGCGGGACAUAGAAGCAGACCUCCAGGAGCUGUCCUCUCUCAGUGACUCUGUGGCCGAAUACUUCUGUGAGGACCCCCGCACCUUCAAGCUGGAGGAGUGCUGCUCCAUCUUCCACUCUUUCUGUGAGAGGUUCCUCAGGGCCAGACAGGAAAACGAAGCCCGCGAGGUGAGUGAGGUGAAACGUCGUCACGCAGAGAGAUUGCAGACUGCCUUGAAACGCCGCUCCAUUGCGUCCUGCUCCACCAAAGAGAUGGACGGGGUCUCUCUAGAGUCCGUGCUCCAAAGCUUCGUCAGCAGGCAAGGCAUACGGAGGAAACCGGGCGGCCGUUUUCUACUCACGGCACUCCACCCAAUGGUAGCUCCUUGGACGGCAGCCUUGUAGAGAUUUCCUUGCAAGCCAAUGUACCCAAUAUGAGCCCCAACAGAAGGCCAUAUUUAAAGGUUAAUGAAAUGAGCAAGAAAGAGUGGAA